AAUCUCGCAAAACGAGAUUCUUCUAUCUACUCACCAAUACAUCUGUACCCAUUAUGCGGAAGACAGAUGCAUAUAUGUCUCUGCCUUCCUGUUACUUCAUCUCUACUCUAUUUUGGUUCUUCUGCUCUUCGUGUACUUGGAUUGAGCAGAAGAAAGUAACUUCAAGAGUUGAGUAGUGUUUGAUCUCACUGGGAUUUUGGUUAAUAUGGCGGAUGAGUGCUGCUCUACACAACUGAUUGACGGCGAUGGCGUGUUUAAUGUGGCGGGACUUGACAAUUUCAUUAGAACAACUAAGCUUUCCGAUUGCGGCCUUUCCUAUGCUGUGGUUGCAAUCAUGGGUCCUCAAAGUAGUGGUAAGAGCACCCUACUGAAUCAUCUUUUCUACACUAAUUUUAGAGAGAUGGAUGCAUAUAGGGGAAGGAGUCAAACAACCAAGGGGAUAUGGAUUGCAAGGUGUACUGGAAUUGAGCCUUUCACAAUUGCAAUGGACUUGGAAGGAACUGACGGGAGGGAAAGGGGCGAGGAUGACACUGUAUUUGAGAAACAAAAGUGCCCUCCCUUCGGCACUUGCAAUUGCUGAUAUUGUACUCAUAAACAUGUGA